CAGAUGAUGAGCGCUGUGCACUACCAUCGAUAAUGUAGUUCAAUAUUUACGCGACAUGGCAAGAUCUGGAAUUGCUGGAGGCUUGCCAAAUCUCCUGGAAUCUUUGGCAUUCCUGAUCACGCUCAAUGACACGGAAGCAGUGCAUCUGUUUCUGCUUCAAAAGUAUCUCCAGAUGUGGUCUCUCAACCUCCGUUCACUUCGGCUAUCGAAGCACUUCGCUCAAACAGCGAAGUUCACUGGUAUCAAGCCCACCAGUGCUCAUGCUCUCGUCCUGUGUUUGAAGAUUUCCUCUCCGCUUCAUGCGCCAAAAAAUGUCUGAUCCAUGGCUGAGCUUUAUUCGUUCCAAGCACUGUGUUCGAAUUCUCGUGAUAUGAUGGAGUAGGAUAGAUGCGAGCCUCCAGAGCUGGUGGAAAGCUGAGGGGACAUUUCGGAGAGGUCGCGGUCGACUACGGCGUUGUUCGAGGGAUAGUCGACCCUGAUGGCGGAAUAUCGCGGGCUCGACACUUUCACGGGAACCAAAGC